AUGGCGGCUGCUUCUUCAUCAAUACCGUUUUUCGGAAGCACUGGUAGCAGAGAAGAAACCCAAGGCCAGAUGACGUCCACGCUACAACAGCAUUCCUCCGCAACGCCUUCCUCUAAUACGACAGCCGCAGCCGUAGCCCCACCCCCUCAAAAGAAAAGGAGAAAUCAACCUGGAAAUCCAAAUCCAGAUGCAGAGGUUAUCGCACUAUCUCCUAAGACGCUAAUGGCAACAAACAGGUUCAUAUGUGAGGUGUGCAACAAAGGGUUCCAAAGGGAGCAAAACCUACAGCUCCACAGAAGAGGACACAACCUGCCUUGGAAGCUCAAGCAGAAGACCACAAAAGAACCCAGACGCAAGGUCUACCUGUGCCCCGAACCCACAUGCGUCCACCAUGACCCCUCUCGAGCUCUCGGCGACCUCACCGGCAUCAAAAAACACUUCUCUAGAAAACAUGGCGAGAAGAAAUGGAAGUGCGAGAAGUGCUCCAAGAGGUACGCCGUGCAAUCGGAUUGGAAGGCCCAUUCUAAGACUUGCGGCACUAGGGAAUACAGAUGCGAUUGUGGCACUCUCUUCUCAAGGCGCGACAGCUUUAUCACGCAUAGGGCAUUCUGCGAUGCACUGGCUCAGGAGAGUGCAAGGCAUCCUUCAAGCUUAAACACCAUGGGUGGUCAACUAUAUGGAAACAACCACAUGAGCUUAGGCCUAUCCCAAAUUCCCUCACUUCAAAAUCAGACCCACCUGCCCAACAACAUGUUGAGGUUAGGAAAUGCUGGUGGUGCAAAAUAUGAGCAUCUAAUCACACCAUCAAAUCCUUCUUCCUUCGGAUCACAAGCCAUGCCUAAUUCCUCCAAUUUCUUCAUGAGAGAUAUUGCUAACCAGCAAGGCUUUCAGGAUCAGCACCAAUUUCCCAGCAAGGCAGCAUUGCAUGGGCUAAUGCAACUUCCUGAUCUCCACAGCAACGGUAACAACAACAACUCUCCCUCAUCAACUAGUGCUGCAAAUCUCUUCAACCUGAGCUUCUUUUCUAACAACAGUACCAGCAGCAGCUUGACUCCACCUGAUCAUCAGUUCAGUGAUGGCAAUGGCGGUGGCCAAGGGUUUAGCAUGGGUGCUGCUGAUCAUCACAAUAUGGGGUCGGCUACUCUACCAUCUCUCUAUGGGAAUUCCAUGCAACAUGAAAGCAACAUUGCUCCACAUAUGUCUGCCACUGCUUUGCUUCAGAAAGCUGCCCAAAUGGGUUCAACUACAAGCACCGAAAGCUCGUCUCUCCUACGAGGGUUAGGCAAUUCAUCAACAAGAGCAGCUAAAUCCGGUAGGCAACUAGUUUCGGCACCCUCUACCGUUGGUGUCAGUUUUAGUGGCGAUCAUCACAGUAGCGGUGGCGAACAGCAACACUUAAGAUCAUCACAGCAGGUGGACAAUGAAAACCAUCUUCAAGGUUUGAUGAACUCUCUUGCCAGUGGGGGCUCUUCUGUUUUUGGAGGUGGAGGAGUGCAUGGACAGGAUCAUAACAGCUUUGGUGGGUUUAGUAGUGGCAAUACUGGUACUAGGGUUAAUGCAAUGGAUCAACAGCAUAAUAACACAAAUUACGAUGAGGCUAAGUUGCAUCAAAAUUUGGGUGUAAGUUUUGGAGGGUCUGAUAAAUUGACCUUGGAUUUUCUGGGAGUUGGAGGGAUGGUACGAAACAUGAGUGGUGGCCAUGGCUACUCACAACGAGAUCAUCAUCAGCAACAUCAUGGCAUAAAUAUGAUCGGCACUUUAGACCCGGAGUUGAAGUCAGCGCAGGCAAGUCAACCCUUUGGAGGCACUGCCAUGCAAUGA